AAGCUCGUUUGCUCGAAAGCUAUCCGUGCUUUCCAAACGUGUGCGUGCUAUACCCUGCGAUUACUCUUCUAUCUCCAAUUUCUUCGUGAAAAUGGCCGAGAUCUAUCAACCUUUUGCACUCGAACGACUUCGUGGAAGCCUUUGUUCCUGCGGAGCACCAACCAUAGCAGAACACGAAUUUUGUUUCUGUUCCCCUCGAUGUGCUCGUGAAGAUGCCCUCCGUGCUCUUGGCGCCUCUGAAUCCCAUUAUCGAAACGUCUUCAAACGUGCUUGUGUACCCCCGGAGCCGAGCCUCCGUCGGUUGGCAUCCUCCGGGGUGCUUCGCCCCGGCCCGUCCAUCCAACCGGAAUGGACGACGAAGUCCAAAACCGCAAAGCCAGAGCUGCGGACAGGGAAUUCUCAACCAUAUAGAAACAAUGUUGCACAUGGGACUCUUCCGACACUUGAACAGGUCACCGAAGCUGUGCUAGCGAAGAACGCUAGGAAUGGGGGGCAUCUUGGCUCGGAUCGUGAUCGCGCCAGGUGGGGCGGUCCCGGAAGCGGUCAGAGAGGGGAUGUGUGGCAAUCUACGGUGCACCAAGAAAAACCACGCGGAAACGUUCAUGCAAUACCUACACAGAUAUCUCUAUACCCGAUACCUAUGCCCCAAGAUGUCCAGUUUCGACCCGUGCUGAGGGAACAGCCAUUGACGACAGGACUGAGGGACGCUACCAACAAGUCGGCCGUGCAGUAUUCCAAUAAAGGGAAAAUGAAGGCCCAAGGGAACACAGCCGAGUUUGGUUCCCAGAAACAUUCAAAUGCAUCAAAGGGAAAUCAAAUGUUCGGACAUCCUGUUAACCCCAGUUAUGCUCCUGCGACUUAUUCGAAACCUCCCCCUCGGCUACUUCCUCAAGCACCUCCUGUCAUCCGCCCCCUUCCCCCCCUUCCUCCUCCAAAUCCCGUCAUUCUCGCUCCGGCUGAGAAGCGAAGGUCACAAACUCUGCGGAGGUCCGCUUCGUUUGCGGGGUGGGAUAUUCCUACUGGAAGUCCGCACAUUGGUGGCGACGAGGCCCUCAUGCGCGCAUUUGCUCAAGUGAGAGCAGAGUUGAGAGCUGUUGGAGAUGAAGAGUUCGAUAUCAGUGACUAUUUUAGGGAUGAGGAAGACGACUAUUGAUCACACUAGCCAGGUUCCCUCGUGACGUUCAUAUAAUUCCAGAAGUUUUAUUAGCAAUUUUAUUCGGCCCAACUCGUAGUAUGAACGGUCGUUGACGUGUCUAUGAUAUUUAAAUAAUGUAACCUUCGAUACAGUCCUUACCAGCGUUCAAAUCAUAGUUUCGAAUUUCGGGGUCGCCGGUUGAGGAAAGUCUCCU